AAGGUCAAGAGGAAAGAAGCAUGGCCGCUGCGUUGAGAGGAUUUCGGUAUCUGGUGGGAAGGUGUCACAAACAUGCUGAUUUUGCAUAUGUUUCCACAAGGUCUAUGGCCUCAAAGACACAGGUUGGGUUUGUUGGUUUGGGAAAUAUGGGAAACCCAAUGGCAAAAAAUCUGCUUAAGCACGGAUACCCAGUAAUUGCUACAGAUGUGUUCCCAGAGUCCUGCAAAGAGGUGCAAGAGCUGGGUGCUCAGAUUGUGGAUAAUCCUGCAGAAGUAGCAGACAAAGCAGAUCGAAUUAUCACCAUGCUGCCCUCUAGUCCCAAUGUCAUUGAUGUGUACACUGGACCCAAUGGCAUUCUUAAAAAAAUAAAGAAAGGCUCCCUGCUUGUUGACUCCAGCACAAUUGACCCAGCUGUUUCUAAAGAGAUGGCUUCUGCUGCUGAGAAAUUGGGGGCAGUUUUUAUGGAUGCGCCAGUCUCAGGAGGUGUGGGGGCUGCCAGUUCAGGUAAACUGACGUUCAUGGUCGGAGGAGCGGAAGAGGAAUUUAAUGCAGCCAAAGAGCUUCUCAGCUGCAUGGGAGCUAAUGUGGUUUAUUGUGGUCACGUUGGAACUGGACAGGCUGCCAAAAUCUGUAACAAUAUGCUUUUAGCCAUUGGAAUGAUAGGGACUUCGGAGACGAUGAACUUGGGGAUCAGACUUGGUCUUGAUCCCAAACUUUUGGCCAAAAUUCUGAACAUGAGUUCUGGUCGCUGUUGGUCCAGUGACACCUACAACCCAGUGCCAGGAGUCAUGGAGGGAGUUCCUUCUGGGAAUAACUACCAGGGGGGGUUUGGCACACAGCUCAUGACUAAGGACUUGGGCCUCGCGCAGAACACAGCCACCACCACGAGGACUCCUGUCCCCCUCGGCUCCUUAGCCCAUCAGAUCUAUCGGAUGAUGUGCGCACGUGGUUACGCCAAUAAAGAUUUCUCCUCCGUGUUCCAGUUCCUGCGUGAGGAGGACAGUCAGUAAUAUCAGCUUCCGCACCGUCUGUAACAUACCCUCCCCACCCCACGUGCCUCUCCCUGCACAGGACUAACAUAGCAUAGUUAUAUUUCCACAUAUUGACUUUUUUUUUUUUUUCAAAAUUGCAAAAGCCCUGAAUCAUAAUGGAAAUGAUGUUUCACAUGUGAAUAAGAUUUUUAUAAUCAGGCACUGUUUGGAGUUUUACAACGAAAAAACAAUUAAACGGUCACUUAAAUGCAGAAGAAAUCCAAUGAAAUACAACUUAUACAGUUUUUUUUUUUAUUUAUCUUCUGUUUACUUUUAUUUUUGCUGUUGUUUCUGUUCAGAUGAGUUAUUUCCUUUUGACGUAGGAGCUGUUAUUCUGAGUGUCAUUCUGUCAGAGAAUAAAGAUGAAUACAGAAGGGUAGUGGCGUCCUGCUUUGUGCACCACAUUUCCUUUUAUAGCCUCUGUCUUUUCAUCUUAA